GGGGGGGGGCGAGGAGACGAGCUGGAUUCGGCUACUAAAUUGUCUGUGUAGGCUUCAUUACCUACUGAAGGCGAUGGGCUAUUAAAGUUAUAGAAAAGGGGCAUUUGCGAUCCGGGAGAAACUGGGUGGCUCCGCAGGGGGAAAGAAGACGGAGGCACGGCCAGUCGAAGGCAAGCCAAAGAGCCGACACUCGCACAAAGGCGCAGGGGGGAUUUAUGCGGAAUUGGAGACGGAAUCGGAGGAGCCGCGGUGACAGAAUGACGAGCGAAAAGUAUGCAACCGCCGUGGUACAAUACCUGAGGUGAAACGAGAAAAUGAUAGAGGAAACACACCCAAACGAUGACAGCUACAUCGUGCGUGUGAAAGCAGUGGUGAUGACGCGGGACGACUCGAGUGGCGGCUGGCUGGCCCAGGACGGGGGAGCUCUGAGCAGGGUGGGGGUGUGCCGCCUCCUGCCGCCGGAGUUGGCACCCGUGCCGACGUCCAGCAGCUCCCAGUUCCUCAUCCGUGGUGAGCGGCUACGGGACAAACAGGUGAUCCUGGACUGUCCACUGAGGAAGGAUCUGGUGUACACCAUAGCAACGCCCACAUUUCAUCAUUGGAAGGUAGAGGACAGGAGGUGUGGCCUGUCCUUCCAGAGUCCAGCUGACGCCAGAGCUUUCGACAGGGGGGUACGGAAAGCCAUCGAGGACCUGGCCGAAGGCUCCACCACCUCCUCUACAGCACUCCAGAAUGAGGGCGAGCUGGGUGACGACGACGUCUUUACUAACACCACAGACAGCUCGUCCAACUCUUCCCAGAAACUGGAGAGCUCUCUGCAGCCGCUCGAGUCCUCGCCCAUUCCGCAGAGACACAAGUCUGUGAUGGGACAUCGCCACGACCUCCACGACCCCUACCGGCUCUCAGACCACUACUUCUUGGACCAGCCGUUGUCUCGGCUUCCCCGCCACGUCACUUUCCAGGAGGACGAGGAAAUCGUCCGUAUCAACCCUCGGGAGCGCAGCUGGGAGCGAACCACAGAGCGUCACUAUGGCCGCCAGUCAGAUCGCCCCUGGCUCAGGGGCUACGAGGACUACCGCCACGCCACUGUGCGCGACAAGUUCAUCCAAAUGGACGACUCUGAGUCCUACGUCCACUUUGCCAAGACGGAGGCGCAGAAGCACGACUACACCUACCCACUGGCACCGGCCUUGUCGCCCUCAGACUCUGACCCCGCCCUCGGACCCUUGACCAGUAAGGGCCAAGGCGGCUCGUAUCGCCACGGCUUCUCCUCUGUGGUCUCCACUCAGCCCCGCUCUUUCCUCCCGAGCUCCUCCCCAUCCACCAAUGGCGGGAAGGGGCGGAAGGAGGACGGGAUGGACCGCGCACAGUGCGAGCACUGCGGUGAGGCCUUUUACAUCUCCGACAACCGGAGAGGCCGGUGCCAGGAUGCACCGGACCCUGUGCGGGCGUGCAUCCGGCGGGUCAGCUGCAUGUGGCUGGCAGACACCAUGCUCUACCACUGCAUGUCUGACCCAGAGGGGGACUACUCAGACCCCUGCUCCUGUGACGGGGGCGAGGGCAGCGGGGGAGGCCGACUGGGCACACGCUGGUUAGCUCUGCUCGGCUUGUCCCUGGUGGCGCCCUGCCUCUGCCUCUAUCCGCCCCUCCACACUUGCCACCGGGCGGGGCUCGCAUGCGGCUGCUGCGGAGGGCGACACAAGGCCCUGAGCUGAGCCACCGGUCUUGGAAACCUCUCAGAGGAAACGACAAAAACCUAAACCCAACGCAAGCACAGGGAAAAAGGAAGGAUGGGGAAAUACACAGAGAGGACAAGUGGUCGUGGCUGCUCACUCUCUUGCCUUGGUUUUUCUGGGUUUUCUCUACAAAUUCCAGACACUGAAAUAAGCCAAAAAAAAAACAAAAAACAGUUGGUGCAUUUUCUGAACGGCCUGGGAAGAUAAGCUCCCCCUUACGGCAGACAGUUCUCUCACCUCUUCACAUGGCCAUUUCAUGCUCUGUUUCUAGUGAGAGAGCACUCUUUUUCAGGGGGCCUUUUUUUUAUAGCUGACCUAUAUGUCAUGUAUCACAUAUGCAGGUACUUUAUACUUUGUACACUGACUCGGCGUCAAAGAACUUGAAUUGUUUCUUUGUUCUAUUUUUUUUUUCCUUUCUUUUGAUGUACGCGUGGCCAUUUUGUUUAUAUUCUAUUCCAAUAUCAGGCCCGCUCAGCUCAACUCCAGCUACAAGAGAAAUCAGACACUACACCUCUUUGCGUGUGUGCGCGCGCGAGCGUGGGUAUGUGUGUGUGUGCGGAUGGUGUAUGUGCAUGCUCACAAUGUGCGCCGAGGCCUUUUGUUGUCUGUACUGCAGCUUAUAGUAAAGCUCGUGUAUAUAGUCUUCAUAGCUCUCCGCCAUUGACAUCUUCUUUGUUCACUGAAACAAAUGUGGUACUCAUCUUAAUCUUAUUCUGAUAUCCCAAAGAUUCGUGUUUUUAAUCCUAUUUAUUUUCUCACUGAAUUGAUCUACCAGCAAAAGGGUGCUGGGUUGUGAUUCGCUCACCGAAAAAGACGGUGCCUCAAGUCAUGAUACAAUACUCUAGCAUCCGUCUCCCUGCUCCUUUCACGUUAUUUCAAACAGUGCCUAAACCUAUCACCUGACCCGGGAACCCUAUCAAACGGUCUACGAAUUCCGGUCAAUUUUUUUUUUGGCUCGUUUUACUUAACAUACGCGUGAAGCGAGUGAGUGGGAUUUUAAGGCUCUGAUUUCCUCAUUCCUUGCAGAGCCUCAGCCGGAGGUCCGUGCCACAUCGAGGACCGAGAAAAUCGUUCAGAGAUACCGCUUAAAAUUGGUGCCUGUCAUGCCUUGAAAUUUGGAGUCCGGCUCCAAACCCCUCUGAAGAUGUCCGCUAUAAGGAAACGUGUGGGCAUUGUUAUGGCUCCCAGCAAUCAGCCGCACCAUUUACUCUUAAAACUUGGUUUAAACUAUUUUUAUAAUGAAAGGGAACUCGUAAAAUGGUUCUCAUCAAGUGUGUAAACUAAGGACUCCAGUUUGCCUGCGAUGUACAAUCAGCUCCCCUCUUUAAGCCCAGACCCUCCAAUUGAGCCCACCAGUCACGUACUGUAUGUGGAAUAGCAACGUCCUAACUAGAAAUGUGUUCAUAGCUACUGAAAAUAUCCAAUUCGCUCCAAAAAACCCUUAAGUUAGAAGACAAAGCUAGGUAUAAGCCGAUGCCAGUCAUUUCCUACAGAAAACUGGACGUAGUUGUGAUUGUUUAAGAUCAUUGGAGACUUUCAAAAUUGCGUCUAAAACUUAUUUUAUUGCCAUAUUUUGCCAAAAACCAUAAAACUAUGAAUGACCUUUGACAUGUACAGUGUCACUACGUUAAUGCAGUGAGUCUUAUUUCUCACUUAUUUAGCAAGGAGAACAUUAAGCCUAGAUCACACUCUCAAGUUGUUAAAGGACAUUUUAAGAACUAUUGGCUCUCUUGCCGAGGGUUACAAGAUCGAUACCACUAAUUUCUGUGCAGUAAAGAAGAAGCUACCCUAGAGCCAGGAGGUGGGUAGCUUAGCUUAGCAUAAAGGCUGGAAACGGGGGGGAAAACAGCUAACCUGGCUAUGUCCGAAUGAAGAAAAAAAAGAAAAAACAAAAAAACAAAACAAUCCACACAAAACUAUGAAAUUGUGUCCUUCUCCAAAGAAGACAUGACAUGUUAACGAGCUUCAGAAGUAUUUCUCUUUUCUUUUCUUUUCUUUUUUCUUUCGGACAGCUAGGCUAGCUGUUUUCCCCCCGUUUCCAGCCCGUGCGCUAAGCUAAGCUAAUCAUCUCUUGGCUGCCUUGCUCUUAUCAAACUUUUCAAACUGUUCAUUUAAGGCCAAAAUAUUUUAGAUACACAUGAGAGAUAACUUGCUGAAACCACAGUUACGCGUGACGGGCGUGCACUAUUCUCUUCAGUCCUAGAGCAUAUUUUUUUCCCUUGAAGCCAGAUUUAGUACAUCAUCAUGCCCACAAAGAGUAACGUCAAAUGUUUGACAACAGCUCGAAUGAAACAGUUCAGCAGUCUGUUCGUUCAGGGUUACAGUGGAUGUGUCAGUGUACAAACUCAGGCAUUGGAGGGGGGGAAAAAAACAAAACAAAAAAAACAACACUGUCGUACCUGCCGGUGUGGCCCGCUGUUCGAGUGACACCGCAGCCGGCCAAUCACGCCCUUACACUGACAGCACAACACUAAACUGACAGCCACUCAGGUGCUUCAUCCUUCAUCCAAGCUUGGUGGACGGCAGCAUCGGGGAUGUGACCGGAACACAAUAAGCUUUUAAAAAACAAAAUUAGUUAAAUAAAUAAGUAAAUAAGAAGCAGGACAUCAGUAGGGUCCCUUUGUUAAAGAAUGGGAGUCAAAAAACUGCUGAAAUCCUGGAAACAAACAUCCAUCCCUGAUUGUUUUGCCAAGGAAAUGUCACUUACUGUAGUUGAAAUACAGAAUGCCUGAGGAUGUCCUUUUUCCGUCCCUGGUUGUGUCUGUUUCAUACAUCCUGUCCUGUGUACCAGUUUGUAUGUUCUUGGUGUGUGUGUGUGUGUGUGUGUGUGUGUGUUUAUGCCACAUCCCUUUCCCCUCUUCUGCUCCUUGAUCCAAAGCUACUGGGAUCAGCUGAAUAUGCUAUCACAUACUAACACCUAUCCAGUAUAAUCGAUGAUGUGAGGAAUCAGGGACGGGGCCAAUCAGAUUGGAAAGAGAGAGAGAGUGUGUGUGUGUGUGUGUGUGUGUGUGUGUGUGUGUGUGUGUGUGUGUGUGUGUGUG